AUGCCAUUCGGCCUGGAAAAUGUGGGGGCGACAUAUCAAAGGCUAAUGAACAGGAUAUUCCACGACCUCAUAGGGAAAACAGUUGAAGUCUAUGUGGACGACAUCCUGGCAAAAACAACACGACCUGACGAUCUCUUGAACGACCUGGCAAGGGAAUUCGCGUCCCUCCGUCAACACGGUAUGCGGUUGAAUCCCCUCAAGUGCGCCUUCGCCAUGGAAGCUGGCAAGUUCCUGGGAUUCAUGAUAACUCAGAGAGGGGUAGAAGCCAACCCAGAGAAAUGUCAGGCAAUACUCCAGAUGAAGAGCCCGGGUUGUAUCAAGGAUGUCCAAAGGUUGGCAGGGCGGUUGACCUCACUAUCCCGAUUUCUCGGAGCUUCGGCAACAAAGACCCUGCCAUUCUUUAACCUCAUGAAGAAAGGGAUGGCAUUUGAGUGGACGCCCGCAUGUGAAGAGGCCUUUCGGCACUUCAAGGAAAUCCUGGCGGCGCCUCCCGUCCUCGGGAAGCCAAAGGACGGGGAACCACUAUACCUAUACCUCGCCAUAACGGGUGAAGCCCUAGCCGCAGUUCUGGUACGGGAGGACGGAAAAACUCAACAGCCAGUCUAUUUCAUAAGUAGGGCCUUACAAGGAGCGGAAUUGAGGUAUAGCAAGUUGGAAAAGCUAGCCCUAGCACUCCUAACCUCCUCACGAAGGUUAAAGCAGUACUUCCAGAGUCACCAAGUCGUCGUCAGAACGGACCAAGGGAUCCGACAAGUACUCCAAAAACCCGAUCUAGCGGGAAGAAUGAUGACUUGGUCUAUCGAGCUCUCCCAGUAUGACAUACGAUACGAACCCCGGCAAGCCAUCAAGGCGCAGGCGAUGGCGGAUUUUCUAGUAGAAGUAACGGGGGAUCCAAGCGAAGAAGUGGGUACACGGUGGAAGCUCCAUGUGGACGGAGCCUCCAACCAGACCUUCGGAGGUGCCGGAAUCAUCCUGGAAAGCCCGAUUGGGGUUGUAUACGAACAGUCGGUCAGAUUCGAGUUUCCCAUCUCGAACAACCAAGCAGAAUAUGAAGCCCUAAUAGGAGGCCUAGCCCUAGCAGCAGAAGUCGGCGCAAGAAGACUAGAAAUAUGCAGCGAUUCCCAAGUCGUCACCUCCCAAGUAAACGGUAGCUACCAAGCCAAAGACCCUUUGCUACAGAAGUACUUGGAAAAGGUCAAAAGCUUGAGCCAAAAGUUCGAAGAGGUCACGGUCCACCACGUACCUAGAGAAAGGAACACACGGGCAGACCUCCUAUCAAAGUUAGCCAGCACAAAACCGGGAGAGGGAAACCGAUCUCUCAUCCAAGGCAUGACAAGGGAACCAGCAAUCACGCUGCACGUGACAAGCCUAAGUUCUUCAUGGCUAGACCCCAUCACCAACUUCCUAGAACACGGCAAACUCCCUAGUGAUGAAAAAGAUGCGGCGAAAUUGAGAAGAAAAGCAGCCAAAUACGCCGUCAUCCAAGGACAUCUGUUCAGGAAAGGGCUCAACCAACCCCUACUGAAGUGCCUACACCCCGACCAGACGGACUACGUCCUCAGAGAAGUCCAUGAGGGCUGCUGUGGGCACCACAUCGGAGGCAAGGCCCUAGCGAGGAAAUUAAUCCGAGCCGGAUACUACUGGCCGUCGAUGAUGGCAGACUCCAAAGAGUUUGUCAAAAAAUGCGUAAAGUGCCAACAGAACGCCAACUUUGCCAGGGCACCGGCUUCCGAGUUGAGCUUGCUAACGACCUCCCGCCCAUUCUCCCAAUGGGGAGUCGACCUCUUAGGACCUUUCCCAGUAGGCCCUGGGCAAGUUAAAUACCUCAUAGUCGCGAUUGACUACUACACCAAAUGGAUAGAAGCCGAGCCACUAGCUAGCAUAUCCUCGUCCAAUUGCAGGAAAUUCAUGUGGAGGCAGGUGGUAACGCGAUUCGGGAUACCGGAAGUCAUCAUCUCGGACAACGGCACGCAAUUUACUGACAAAAAGUUCACGGAAUUUCUCAAUGGCCUAGGCAUAAGGCAAAGGUUCUCCUCGGUAGAACACCCUCAGACGAAUGGACAGGUGGAGUCCGCCAACAAGGUUAUCCUUUCAGGGCUAAAAAAGAGGUUGGACAAUAAAAAGGGUGCUUGGGCCGACGAAUUAGCAGCGGUUCUCUGGUCCUACCGAACAACUGAGCAAUCCUCCACCAGGGAAACACCCUUCCGACUAACGUACGGGGUGGAUGCAGUAAUACCCGUCGAGAUCGGUGAACCGAGCCCGCGGUUACUCUUGAAAGGAGUAGAGGAAGCCGUAGAAAAAGACCUGAUAGAUAAAGCCAGGGAAAUGGCCCAUCUGACAGAAACAGCGCUAAAACAAAGAGUGGCCCUGCGCUACAACACCAAAGUGCUUAAGAGGGAAUUCGAGCCAAAUGACCUCGUCCUGAGGCGAAACGAUAUCGGCCUACCGACCCCCGGAGAAGGCAAGUUAGCGGCGAACUGGGAAGGCCCCUACAGAGUCAAAAAAGUGAUGGGAAAAGGAGCCUUCAAGUUAGAAAGGCUUGACGGCAAGGAAGUCCCGAGAACAUGGAAUGCGGACAACCUGAGAAGAUUCUACUCCUAG